AUGGUAUUAAUACAGCCGACGCGUCGAGAUGAGCCGCGACACACGAACAAUGAUUCGAGCUCUACAUUGCAAUCUACACCACAGAUUUCAUUACGAUCACAACCUAUGGAUCUCCAGACCAAUUUGAACGAAAUUGCUGCGCCGCCUCCCGUCUACGACUCGUCUGAGAAGCCAGUGCGCGGGCAUGACUACCUUGAGGACCGACGAACGAGAAGUGAUCAAGAAUCUCUUCAACAGACUGGAGAAGCAACACAAAAUGCGGGUGUGUCCAGUGCGCCAGAGUCAGCAAGCUCUGUCUGGAGGCUCUCACCAAUGGUUUAUACUAUUGGAUACCUCAUCUUCUUCUCAUUUGCCGGUACCGUUCUACGACUAGCAAUAGAAUGCUUAACAUUUUAUCCUGGUUCCCCAGUGAAUACCAGUGUGCUGUGGGCCAAUGUAGGAGGAAGUUUCUUGAUGGGAUUCCUUAGCGAAGACCAAGAACUAUUUCGCAUCGAAGAUCCCCAUGACCGCCAAUCUGCGACGAAGCACAAGAAAACCAUUCCCCUGUUCAUCGGGCUGACGACCGGAUUCUGCGGUAGUCUCACAUCAUUUUCUACAUUCAUCCGGGACGUAUUCCUGGCUCUUUCAAACGAUAUCGCUGUUCCCCUCGGCUCCUACUCCAAUCUCUCACUAUUUGGUUCUGUUCCAGAAGUAGCCAGUGCUCCCAAUGGUGGCUUCAGCUUCAUGGCCAUCCUCGCCGUCUUAUUCACGGAAAUCGGCCUAUCGCUUUUCGGCCUGACACUAGGAGCGCAUCUUGCUAUUGGAACAUCUACUUGGAUGCCCACACUUUCUCAGGGAUGGUUAAGAAAAGCUCUCGAUCCUAUCAUACUCAUACUGGCGAUAUUAUCCUGGAUCGCCGUGAUUUGCCUCGCCGCAUUAUUGCCGAAGGAUUCGCCGAAAGUUACGCUCUGGAGUACGGAAAUGUGGCGAGGACCAGUUGUGUUUGCACUUAUUUUUGCGCCGCUUGGAACUUUAGCACGCUUUUUCGCGUCACUGAAACUAAAUGGUCGUGAUGUCUCAUUUCCCUUAGGUACAUUUGUUGUUAAUUUAGGUGGCACUAUGGUAUUGGGGAUGGCAUACUCGCUGCAGCAUGCUUCGGUCAGUGGAGCUAGCGCUGUCGGAUGUCAGGUCCUACAGGGGAUUAUGGAUGGAUUUUGUGGAUGUGUGACAACGGUCAGCACAUGGGUCUUGGAGCUAUCAUCACUUCGCAAAAAGCAUGCAUAUUUUUACGCUUCUUUGAGCGUCGUGGUUGCUCUCUGUACCUUGGUAUUGGAAAUUGGAAGCUUGAAGUGGACAAGAGGCCUUGUCACGCCCUCAUGUUUCAGAAAUAGUUGA